GAAAGUUUAGCGCGCUUGUGUCAGACGUCCACACGGUGGACAAGGGAGGCUGCCAUGCGCGUCUUUCACAUCAUCAUCGUCGUGAGCCUGGCAAUCUGUUUGGGUACGGUCAACGCUCAGCGGAAGUCGAGCAAGAAAACGACGGUCGCCCCGGCGUAUGACGACUACGACGACUACGACGCCGCCACUGAGGAGGAUCCAUCUACGAAAAACGCGUCUGUCGAGGGUCCGUCGACCACGCCCGGCCCAGUAGGAGAAGAGGCUCCCGCUAAGGGUCUGUUCUCCAAAAAUCAUUUUAAGGUUCGAAGUCGUCCGUCCCCCCAUCCUGCUGUGAAAACGAAACCCACACUACCGAGCUUCAUCAAACAUCCCGCAAAUAUCGCGGACCUCGGCCAUGAACAUCCACCCGAGAUAAAGGCCACGGAGCCACCAUUACCGCGGCCGAAAGCCACCUCUCCGAAGCCCCACAGAUUCAGUGCGACUCUCCACCGGAAAAAAGCGCCCCCCAAAGAGCAACCAAAAGAAGAUUACGAAUAUGAAGACGCGAACGAAGACGUUUCAAAACCAAAGCCCACUCCUUCGACCAUCUCCAGACCCGUCCGCCCCCGAACUCGGCAGUGAAGCUCAAGAGGCUGCGAAUUAUCUGAAUACAAAACAAUAAACUCCUCAAA